CCUAAACAUAUACAUGAAUAUAUUCCGGGAACUCAACCUAAACAUAUACAAGAAUAUAUUUCGGAAAAAAUAACAAAAAAGCACCAAACGAUAUCAAUAAAACUGAUUACAGUGACAACAGGGAAUAAAAAUUUAAUAAUGUUUUCGAUUGUUCUCACAGUCGCAAUUAUUUUAUCAGCACUAGAUUCCAGCAUGGGAUGCGCAACUUCGGAAAAUGUGAUAGCUUUAGACAUAGUGGUUAGUCAGAUGAACGCCUCUCAACAGCCUAUACUACAUAAUGCCAGCAUGCCAACUAUUGUGAAAUAUUCUACAAUCCUAGGUCUCGUCUGUGAUAACCCAUUGGUAUUACAAUUAGCUAAAGCCAUAGAACAACAGGUCGUUUCAUGUCCAGAUCUCGUGACCGCCUCAAAAGUCGGAGCACUUCAAUUGGGACCCUUGACAUUUAGUGACCUUCUGGAAAAAUUCCAAAGUUUUGAUCAUUUUUGUGAAUGUAAACCACUCUUGCUACAAGUACUGUCAGUUGAGAUGAUAAAACAUGAAAUAAUGUACCAGGAUUCCAGUGCAUUUUACAAGAAUAUUGUCAACAUCACUGCAGUCUGCAUGCUGACGUCACCAUCCCAUUCUGUUAAUUUCACAGAAGUAGCAACGUUGGUGGAAGCUCACAAAGCGUCGUGUCCGGCUGUCUUCCAGUACAGCACUAUCAGUAUGACGAGAUUUGCAGACUAUAUACUCUCACAUUGCAGUUACCAUAAUCCAAAACUGUUUACUUGUGCCUUGAACUUGAUCAAAAAAGACAACACGUUAAGCUUAUGUUUAACGCUCAUUAAUCAAAAUAUGACGUCAGAAGAGUCACUUGAUGCCAAAGCCUAUAGAUGUCGACGGAAGGAUUGCGCAAAAAUGAGUUUAUAUGACUGUGAAUACCAUGGAGCAGCUGAGUACAUGUGGGCAGUGAAUAUCGCACAUACGGACAAACAAUUCCAGAUGUUAAGAUGCCAUCCUAUACCUGUAUCUGAAGCAUCACAUAUAAUACACACGACCUGGGUCCUCAUCUCAACAAUCAUGUCUGUUCUUAUUCUAAAUACAAUGAUUUAAAUGACUGCUUUAUAAUCAGAUUUGAGCCGCGUCACGACAAAACCAACAUAAUGUGUUUGCGACCAGCAUGGAUCCAGACCAGCCUGAUCAUCCGCGCAGUCUGAUCAGGAUCCAUGCUGUUCGCUUGUAAACAGACCCUAUAACAAGUAAAGAAACUGAUAGCGAACAGCAUGGAUCCUGAUCAGACUGCGCGGAUGCGCAGGCUGGUCUGGAUCCAUGCUGGUCGCAAACCCAUUAUGUUGGUUUUGUCGUGACGCGCUCAUUUAUAGGAAUACAAGCCCAGCAUUUAAAAAAGUUCAACUAGUCAUUAUGAAUCUUAUAUAAUGGCAAAUGCUAAAAUAAUGGAUUUUGUUCGUGAUAUGACACAAUUUUCAAGGACUUUCACAUGAGGAUGUAGUAUGUAUAAUAACAUGCG